AUGGAGUCUGCAAAAAACCAUCAUCAUCAGCUCCAAGAUCAAGUUAUUGUUGGCUCCUCUUCUUCUUCUUUAGCUACCCCUUCUAACUACUAUGGAGGGGGUACCACUACUAAUGCUUGGGGUACUACUCCCACUUCCUUCUUGGACACAAACAAUGGCUUCACUUUAUACCCAAGUACUGAACCUAGGCACCAUCAAGACAACAACACUCUACUCUUAUCACAAUACAAUUCCACUAUAGUCCCAAGCUUAGGCUAUCAUAAUUGGGCCAAAUUUGGCACUAAUCAGCCAGUGCAAGAUUAUUUACAGCCUCCAAGGAUUAAGGAAGAGUUUUCGGACCAUUACUAUCGUAAGUACACUGACUUGCUAACCGGAAACAACGAGCAGAAGGGGUUCGGCCAGAUUUUCCCGAGCGUAAGUGUUUCGAGUUUGAAUCAAAUGGGACUAACAAACGCCGGCGGUUUGGACAUGAAUCUUGAGGCGCUCGAUCUCCUGACUUCGUCGAGCUUUAGUGGGAACUUCGGAGGGCCUUCGCAGAAUCAAAUCGGGAUUUUGAGAGAUGGGUUUAGUACUAAUUAUGGCUUGUUUGAUGAUCAUAUGCAGCAAUCUAGUGAAAUCCCAUUUUAUGACUCUAGUAAGAUACCCGACCCGAUUAGUAAUGGAGCGAUCGAAGCCAAACGGAGCUCGACUAAAAUGGAGGCGAAGGCCCCCAUUCAACAUGCAACCAAAAAAUCGCGAUUAGAAGGGCGCGCAUCGUGCCCGCCUUUCAAGGUGAGAAAAGAAAAAUUGGGAGAUAGAAUCGCUGCUCUUCAACAGUUGGUAGCACCUUUUGGCAAGACAGACACAGCAUCCGUACUUAAGGAGGCAAUUGGAUACAUAAAAUUCCUCCAAGACCAAGUUGAGACAUUAAGCGUCCCUUACAUGAAGGCAUCACGGAACAAGUCCACUAAAUUAGACAAAACGGAUCAAAACGAAUCGAAGGAGGAGCCAAAAUGGGACUUGAGAAGUCGAGGGCUGUGUCUAGUCCCGUUGUCGUGCUUGUCUUACAUAACCGAAGGCGGUGGUGGAGCCGUUUGGCCGCCUUCUUACUUUGGUGGAGCCGUCUAG